GACAGGCAAGUGCUGCCCAGUCGGUCACUGUCAACAGAACAUGUGGAUUCCGAUUCUUCUCAUCUGUUCCCUGCCCGUUUCAGGUGCAUUGUGGGCAGAGAAAUAUGUAAGAGGAGUUGUGGGAAGAGCGAUCACAAUCGAUUGUCAAUAUGAAGCAAAGUACCGCUCAUACACAAAGUAUUGGUGCAAUGGAUGGACUCAUCAAUGUUCAGUUUUAGUGGAAACAAAAGGGCAACACAGACGGAGGGGACGAAUGUCAAUCACAGAUAACCCGGAACGGGGAAUAUUUACUGUUACUAUGGAGGAUCUUCACUCUGGAGAUAAAGGAUGGUACUGCUGUGGAAUUAUAACACCAAGCCGUCAACUGAGAUUUAGUGUACAUCUAGAAGUAUCUGAUGUCUCAGGUACAUUGAGGGCAGAGAAACAUGUAACAGGAGUUGUGAUAAGUGCAAUCGCAAUCAAUUGUCACUAUGAAGCAAAGUACCGCUCGCACACAAAGUAUUGGUGCCAUGGAUGGACUCGUCACCAUUCAGUUUUAGUGGAAACGAAUGAGCAACGCGGACGGAGUGGACGAGUGUCAAUCACAGAUAACCCAGAACGGGGAAUAUUUACUGUUACUAUGCAUGAUCUUAGCUCUGGAGAUACAGGAUGGUACAGCUGUGGAAUUACAUCAACAGAUCAUCCAAUGUUUGAUGUACAUUUACAAGUAUCUGAGGAACCUGUGUCUGUUCCUGUGCUUCGAUAUCUGUCACCAGCAAAUGUCUCACGUCUCAGGGGUUCACUAUCAGUGUCCUGUGAGUCCCUCCAGCGAUCCCUUCCCAUUCAGUACACUUGGAUAAAAAAAAACUCAUCUGAAGAUCAAAAGAUCUCAGACACUGAUGAACUGGUUCUUCCUGGUCAAUCUUUAAACCUCCAGGCCCAUAGCUAUUACUGCAGAGCCUUGAAUAGGCUUGGAAUAAAAUCCAGUGGAAUGUUACAUGAUAUGGGAAGUGGGACGCUAGCUGUUCUUUGCUCUGCUGGGCAUCUGGACUAUCGCUGUCACAUGGUUCGCGAGAGACAAAACGUUUCAGGUGCAUUGUGGGCAGAGAAAUAUGUAAAAGGAGUUGUGGGAAGAGCGAUCACAAUCGAUUGUCACUAUAGAGCAAAGUACCGCUGGCACGCAAAGUAUUGGUGCCAUGGAUGGACUAUCAGUUGUUCUGUUAUGGUGGAAACAAAAGGGCAACACGGACGGAGUGGACGAGUGUCAAUCACAGAUAAGUCGGUACAGGGAAUAUUUACUGUUACUAUGGAGGUUCUUCACUCUGGAGAUACAGGAUGGUACAGCUGUGGAAUUACAACACGAGAUUCUGAUCCAAUGUUUAAUGUACAUUUACAAGUAUCUAAUGAACCCCCGUCUGUUCCUAGGCUUCUUUUUUCACCACCAACAAAUGGCUCAAGUUGUGUGGACUCUGUGUCAGUGUCCUGCAAGUCUGUCCAUGGAUCCCUUCCCAUUCAGUACUCCUGGUAUGAAAAGACACCAUCUGUAGAUUCAAGUAUCUCUGACACCAACAAACUGGAUCUACAUUGCGAAUCCUUAAAAUACAACCAUCUGUAUUAUUGCAAAGCCUCAAAUGCUAUUGGAGAAAAUUCCAGUAAAAUGGUCAAUGUGUCCAUCUCCAACAGUGUCAGCACCUGCAGAUAUGUGAUUGAAGUCAAUGGCAUGGGGCCAAUUUAUAUCUGUGAAAAAACCGUAAAAGAAUCGAUGACAACUGAACAAAGCGAAGAAUCUUCAUCUGAUAAAAUUUACGUGAUAUGGAAAGUGGGACGCUGGCUGUUCUUUGCUCUGCUGGGGAUCUGGACUAUCGCUGUCACAUGGUUCACGAGAGACAAAAAGAGACAUGAUCAAUCAGAUCCUCACAGCCUAGUCCAUGAGAUAAAGUGA